CCCUGGUUGAUGCUCUCCCGCACUCCAGCACAUCCAUCCCAUCAACCGCGGCGCUCUCUCCCCUCGACCCGGCUUCCACCUCGAGGAGGACCAAUUGCACUCCGAUCAAUCGCGCGUCGCGACUUUCUUAGGAGCUCUUCCGCCCAGAACACCACCCCCAGCCCCCUCAAAGAUCCACCACUAUGGCGAAAGGCAAAGGGCUCUUCGCCGCCAUCGGCGCCGGCACCGCCAUCUCCGCCAUAGCGGGCACCUACAAGCUUUCCGAAUUUCUGGUCCGAGCCAAGAAGCUCCACGAAGUCGGCCGCGAGAACGAGGUCUUCAUGCGCCUGGUCCGCCGCGUGAACGAAGACCUCGGGGAGACGCGCCGCCUUGUCCAGCUCGAGGAGGUCGAAUACGCCCUCUCCACCGCGCCCGAGAAGGUCGCCUGGAUCAACUCCGUCAUGAAGAGCACGCGGGGCGCGCUGGAGCGCAUGAUGCCGCUCGUCGAGCCCGUCGCGGCGGAUACCGAGGGCGGCCAUCAUGUGGGGCUCAGGCAUCGCAUGAAGUGGGUGCUGGAUACGAAGGAGAGGCUGGUCAACCAUAACUUGGAGCUCGUGGCGUGCCAUAAUAGCUUGACGCAGGUGUUGGGGUUCUUGGCGGCUAUGGAGCCGUUGGCGUGCUGUGUGGCGGAGAAGAAGGGGAAGCAGCAGCAACAACAACAGCAGCAGCAGCAGCAGAGGACGGUGACGAGGGAGAUUGAUGUGGAGUUUGACAAGAAGAGGGGUGGGCACAAGGAUCUUCAAUUCGAGAGGAGGCAUCAGGGGCCGCCGAGGGAGAUUCGCUAUCAAGCAGAGGUCAGAAGGGAGGGUCCGCAGGGUCCGCCGCAAGACUUCCAAUACCAGGCGGACAUUAGACGUGGAGGCCCUCCACAGAACUUCGGUCCUCCUCCACAGGACUUCGGACCUCCACAGGACUUCCGCUAUGAGAGGGAGCUCAGACGCGAGGGUGGGCGCCCCGAGUUCCAGUACAGAGCAGAGGUCCGAAGAAAUGGCGGUGGCCAGGAAGAGUGGAUUGAGGAGAGAGAGGUCCGUCGCGAUCAGAAGCCCUACUACACUCCCGAUCCCCGUGAUGUCCCUCGCAUGACUACCUGGCCGCGAAGUCGUCUUUGAAGCAGUCAAACGCAUUGUCCACGGCAGUGAUACUUAGGAAGAUAUGGAGGUUUGUUUUUGUAUGUUAUUUGGGAAUGGAACAUCAGUGCAAAAUGCCGUCGAGCUCUUGAUUCGUGCGUUUUGCAAUUACUUGGAUUUUCGCCAGAACUUUGGUUGAUUUGCCGCAAUGGUUUGUUGCUGGAUCACCUAAUCAUGCUCAAGUUUGUAGAUCCUUUAUCCGUGGUACUUCUACGCGAAAUUCACUCCUUUUGUCCAUAGUCUCUUCUUUAGUCAAUACGAUACCCGAUGAUCCCAUGACUUCUUUAGUAUACUCCCUUCUUUUCGCUCCCAUUUUCAUUUUCAUUUGUAAACAUAGCUCACGUUAGUCACUUUU